AUGACUCUGAGCCCUCGUUACUCUGACAACGGUGCUGGUUGUGAGAAUGAGAUGUUCUGGAGACCAGUUGGGGUCUCAGAGGAAACGGUGCGAGGGAAGCAUUUACUCUCCUACACUAUGACAACAUGCACGGAAACGACAGAUGUCCUGAUCCGUAGCGGUCGGCGGCGCCCCACUAAGUACCACCAAACUGUCUUAACAGUGAUGACGGAUUCUGGAGCAGGAAUGUUUCCUGGAAAUGGCGAAUCACUUGUCAUCCUACCCAACGCUGUCCACUCAAAACGUCAAACUGACCCUAUAAACGAGAAAGUGUCGAGACACAAAGGAAAGCCCAAGGAUCGCCAGUGUGACGUUCCCGAUCAGUUCCUUUUAACUGUGAUCCAGUCAGAGAGAUAUACCAGCUUUGGUCUCGCGGUGUGGUCCACACGGCAAAAACUACACAUGAACAAACUUCACACACCAACAUUUCCCAGUCAAAUGAGAGCUUUCACGAGACACAUGACUUGGGAGGAAACCGUGCAUUUCUGUGCAUCCAAUGAGUUUGUUGAGGCACUGCUCUAUUUAAGGAGAAGGCAUGCAGAACACUGGAUCCCUGUGGCUUACUCAUACUGUACAGGUGGCGCCAUUUUGCACAUCACCUGUAAAGAAGUGAAGAUUUUAGUUGGUCUUUUAGAUUUAAAAGUUUUCCAACAAUGCUUUAAAACAGUGUGGACAAAAACACACGAACACACUGGUUGGUCAGAAGGCAGGUGGUACAGUAUUCAGCUCCAUCUCAAACUGUACGACUUUGUUGUAGGGGCAAGGCUCACGAGUCAGGCUCUGGAUGACCCAGCGCUCAAAUGUGACCUGAAUGGCUUGCCGACAUGGUCACUGACAAAGCGGGCGUGGGCAGUAGAAGGUGACACUGUCCUCUACUGCCUGCAGAUCAAACGGCAAGGAAGUGACAUCACCACCACUCUGAGGAAGACGCCAUACGCAAAACUCACCCGACCUCGAAGGCUGCACAAGUGGAAAAUCAGCUCUGUCAACGUGGUAUACCCACCCAAGAUGUCUCUGUCAAAAAGGAGAAAAGUGGACACAGAGUGCAGGUUGUUCCAAGAAAAAUGGACAUCCUCUUAUUUUUUCACGGAAGUGAACGGAAAAGCUGUGUGUUUGGUGUGUUCACAGCACGUUGCAGUGCUGAAAGAAUAUAAUCUCCGUCGCCAUUAUGUGAGUCUUCAUGCCGAAAAAUAUGACAAAUUUGAAGCACAGCGGAGAAGAGAGAAGGUGAAUGAACUGUUGGCCGGACUGAAGAAACAGCAGUCUGCGUUUACUCACAGCCAAGAUAUCAGUGAUGCUGCAGUGAAAGCUAGCUACCUGAUUGCUAAUGAAAUUGCAGUCACUUCAAAACCAUUUAGUGAGGGGGAGUUUGUAAAAACGUGCAUGAUGAAGGCAGCGGAGAUCGUGUGCCCUGAAAAGCGCCAAGCUUUUGCAAAUAUCAGCCUGACCAGAAACACAAUAGCAGACAGGAUUUCUGAUACUUCAGCGGAUUUGGACUGCCAAUUAAGGGAAAAAGUAAAGUCCUUUAUUGCUUUUUCAGUUGCUAUUGAUGAAAUCACGGACAUCACAGAUGUUGCUCAACUGGCGAUUUUCAUCCGCGGAGUUGAUGACACGUUGACCGUCACCGAGGAGUUUGUUGAGCUGGUGCCCAUGACGGAUACAACAACAGCAGCUGAUAUUUUCACCGCACUCGUUGGAGCGCAGGACAGGGUCGGAGUGCAAUGGUCCCGCGCUGUAAGCCUCGCUACAGAUGGCGCGCCCUCAAUGACCGGGAGAAAAUCAGGUGUUGUGACAAAGUUCAGAGAGAAAGUGCAAUCUGCAAAUGGAGGAGGUGAUUUUUGGACUUUUCACUGUAUUUUGCACCAGGAGAGUUUGUGUUGCAAGUCAUUAAAGAUGGAUAACGUCAUGAAAGUGGUCACCCAAACUGUUAAUUUCAUCCGAUCCAGAAGCCUGAAUCACCAUCAGUUUGACAGCCUUCUCAGAGAGAACGACCACAUCUAUAGCCUGCCAUACCACACUGAGGUAAGGUGGUUAAGCCGAGGUGCCGUGCUGAGGCGUUUCUUUGAUUUACGAGAAGAAAUUGAACAUUUCAUGGAAGAAAAAGGCAAACCAGUGUUAGAAUUUCGUUCUGCAGAAUGGGUGCAGGACCUUGCAUUUAUGGUGGAUGUUACAGAGCACCUUAAUAACUUGAACAAACAGCUGCAAGGCCGCAACAAAGUUGUCACGCAGUAUUACGACAGCAUACGUUCUUUCAAGUUAAAGCUGUCUUUGUGGGAGACGCAACUCGCUGUUAAUGACGCAGCUCACUUCCCCUGUCUGAAAAAAGUGCGUGCGUCCCAACAUGAAGCCGACAUGAAGCGGUUCGAAGAUAAAAUAACGGGACUGUUGAGGGAGUUUGAGCUACGCUUUCAGAUUUUUGAUGAACUUGAGAAGGACUUCAGAAUUUUUUGCUCCCCAUUCACCGUGAAUCCCUCUGAUCUCCCCACCAGCAUCCAACUUGAAAUAAUAGACUUGCAGUGUGACUCGGAUUUGAAGGGCAAAUUUGUUACAGCUGGACUGACAGCUCUUGCUGCAAAACUGUUGAGCAUGUUUGGAACCACUUAUCUUUCUGCCCUCAUGGCGUCCACCAAAGACUGCCAGAGUUGA